AUGUCUUUUUCUGAAAAGCUAGGACAAGGUGGUUUUGGUGAUGUAUACAGAGGCAACCUCUCGGACGGCCGUCAGGUAGCAGUCAAGAUGCUAAAGGACUCCAAGGGUGAUGGGGAGGAAUUCAUGAAUGAGGUGUCCAGCAUUAGCAGAACUUCGCAUGUCAAUGUUGUUAUGCUCUUAGGAUUUUGCUUGGAAGGAUCCAAAAGGGUGCUCAUUUAUGAGUAUAUGCCUAAUGGUUCACUUGAAAGAGGACUUGAAUAUCUCCACCGCGGAUGCAAUACUCGCAUCGUACAUUUUGAUAUCAAACCCCACAACAUUUUAUUGGAUCAAGAUUUUUGUCCCAAGAUCUCCGACUUUGGAUUAGCCAAACUAUGCCCAAAUAAAGAGAGUGCCAUUUCCAUUGUCGGUGCAAGAGGAACAAUCGGCUACAUUGCACCUGAAGUCUUCUCGAAGCAAUUUGGAACAGUCAGUAGCAAAUCUGAUGUCUAUAGUUAUGGAAUGAUGGUCCUUGAGAUGGUUGGGGCAAGGGACAGAAAUAUCAAUGCAGAUAGUGAAACUAGCAGCCAAUAUUUCCCUCAGUGGAUUUAUGAACAUUUGGAUGACUAG